UCCACCCCUAUUCUCCAUCGUCAUAGAGUUUCACAAAACUCAACGACAAUGGUGUCACACCCUCUCUCGUCGGCGAAGAAGAUCGUCACAAUAUUGGCGAUGAAAUUCCAGAGUUGGAAUUUUCGGCGAAGAUCCUCCCGAAUUUUAAUUUUAACGGCACCUUUGCAAGCGCCAUGAAUCGUAAAAACGGCAUGCGUUUGACAUGUGCGAGAACACAACAACAGGAUGUUCUAGCGUCUAACCGUGGAACGAGAUGCUGUUUCAUUGGCUAGUCCCAGUAGAAGAAUGACAGUCGGGGGUUUUUUUUGGAGCUAAAAAGCCGUGAGGUCCACGCUAACAUAAAACGCCACGUAUUGUGAUCAGCAGCAGGAAAAAACAACACGAUGUUCUACCACAUAACUUAGAAACGAGCUGAUGUUUCAGGUUUGGUUUGUUUUAUUCACUUUCGAGAUAUGGAAAAGUGGUAAAUUAUAAAUAAGGAAGUUCGCAGCAGUAAUCAGUCAUUGAGCGCAAAAGGAAAACUAGGUCGCCCAUUGAUUCUCUCUGGUUUUCCAUUGUCGUGAUCAAGCACUCUCCUCCUAGCUUUCUCUGUCUUCUCUCUCUCUCUCUCUCCAACAUUCUGAAUCUCUGCUUGGUUCGGCACCAUGAGAACUCGAUUCGCGAACGGCGAUCGAGUCGAGUUGGAGCGAGCCGUCGCCGGCUUGGCGGCGUACUUUCCGGCCACGGUGGUUCGGGGACAGUUGGGUAACAAACAGGCCAUCUUGAUAGAGUUCGAAUUCGUCUGUGUCGGAGACUCCGUACAUAUGAGGGAGUACGUGGAGCCCACGCGCCUACGCCCUGCUCCGCCGCGCGAGCUCAACCGGUGGUUCAAGGCCGGCGAAGAGGUUGAUGCCUUCAAAGACGGCGAAGGGUGUUGGAUCAAAGGCAAUGUGGAGGAAAUUCGCGAGGGUUCGAGGUACUUGGUGGGUUUUGGCGGCAGUGAUGGCGAUCGUCGUGAAAUCGAGAUUGAUCAUUUUAACAUGAGGCUUCAUCGCGAGUGGGACGACAGCGCCUGGGUUCCACCUUUUUUUCAACUGGAAAAUGCGGUCAGGGCGGAGGUAAAGCCUAAAAGAAUAAAACUGAUAAUAAAAUUCAGUGGAGGAGAAGAUGCCCAAGAAUGCUACAAGAAGGGUGCAAUAGUGGAGGUCAGAAGCGAUGAAGAUGGUUACAAGGAUUCCUGGUAUUCUGCACUCAUAUUCAACUGCUUAGGGAGUGAGAAGUACAUUGUGGAAUACUUAACGCUGAGAAGAGAUGACGAUCAGUCGGUCCCUCUGAGGGAAAUAAUGGAAGGCCAGUUCAUCAGACCACGCCCUCCUCCUGUCUCGCCCAUCGUCCGGUUUAAAACCGGGGACAAGGUCGACGCGUGGUACAACGAGGGCUGGUGGGUCGGCACCGUUUCUAGAGUGCUCAGCGGGUCGAAGUACAUUGUUUAUUUCAGCCCUACGAAUGAAGAGCAAGUAUGCCUCCACUCGAAUUUGAGGUUGCAUCAGGACUGGAUCAAUGGAGAAUGGGUCAUUCCUUCCAAGGUGCAUAAAGAUUCAAAUAUUGAGCUCAAAUGCUGCAAACGUAUACAGAAGAAGCCGGGAUCUGGGGAGAAACCGAGAUCUGGGGAGCAUGCUGAUAAACCAGAUACCAAAUUCUCAAAGGGAAUGAAGGUAGAGGUGAGAAGCGACGAACAAGGUUACGAGGGCUCAUGGUUUUCCGCAACGAUCCUCACCUACUUGGAUAAGGACAGAUACACUGUCGAGUACCACACGCUCAAAACCGAGGAUCAAACAGAGUUCUUGAGGGAGGAGGCGAAAACCUCGGAUAUAAGACCUUUGCCACCCGCUAUCCAGCGCGUGUAUCAGUACGAACCCUUAGAAUUUGUCGACGCCUGGUUCAACGAGGGAUGGUGGACCGGUCAAAUCUUGAAGGCAUGCAGCGGGAUGAAGUACAUUGUCUACUUCACGACCAGCAACGAGGAGCUGGAAUUCGGACAUGUCGAUCUAAGGCCUCAUCAAGAAUGGAUAAACGAGGAAUGGGUUGCUGCUUCAGAGGAUUGCUCGUGCAGAUGGCUGCUCGGAGACAUGGGAAACUGAUUCUUGAUUCUAUGCUAAGUUAGGUAUCUAGAUGUAGAAUUCCAUUAGGAAAAAGGGCUUGUCCCUUGAGGGAAUACAUAGUUUAUAGGACUUAGAAAAAUAUAUUGAUUUAGCCCCAAAUGGGAAUAAUACCUGUAUGGGUGCCGUUGCUGAAAUCAUAAUUCUUAUAUAAUUUUUAUUUUACAUUCAAGAAAAUAGUUUCACAUGUUAAUUUGAAUGCCUUGUUGU